AUGCCGUGUAGAGCCAACGCACUAAAACAAGCAUGGCGGCUGUAGUGCAAGAUCACGGUAGCAAACAUGUGGACGAAAAGGAGGAAAUUAUAGAAGACGGCGAUGAGGAGGACGACGCCGAGGACGACGUCGGACCUCAGGACGCCGCUAAGAAGAAAAAGAAACGAAAGAAGAAGAAAAAGAAAGGUCCUCAAGAAGCCAACGGACUAGAGCCAGGGUCAACGCAAGUUUCAGAAGUAACAGCCGGGCUCGAAAACCAGCACAUCGAUGGUACAGGUGACAAGACCGAGGAAAAAGGUGAUGGUGAGGAAGCAAAGAAGAAGAAAAAAAAGAAACCUAAAGGUCCAAAACAGCAAACUGAUCCACCGUCGAUUCCCAUCUGUGAUCUGUUCCCUGAUGGCAAUUUUCCGGUUGGGGAGGAAGUGGAACAUCCCAUUCCAAAUGACAGCCGUACAGGAAAGAACCGCAUGACUGAUCCGGAGAAGAAAGCCUUGGAGUCCAUGUCGCAAGAUCAGUACAGGGAGAUAAGGCAGGCAGCUGAAGCACACCGCCAGACGAGGCAGUACAUGCUAAAAGUUAUCAAGCCUGGAAUGACCAUGAUUGAAAUAUGUGAAUUGUUAGAGUCUACAGCUCGCACGCUCAUCAAGGAGAAUGGACUGAAUGCUGGGCUGGCCUUUCCCACGGGUUGCUCGCUCAAUCACUGUGCCGCACACUACACUCCGAACGCGGGCGACCCGACGGUGCUGGGCUACGACGAUGUGUGCAAGAUUGACUUUGGCACACACAUCAAUGGCAAUAUUAUUGACUGUGCCUUCACGCUGACAUUUAACAACAAGUAUGACAAACUGCUUGAAGCGGUGCGAGAUGCCACUAAUACUGGAAUAAGGACAGCCGGGAUAGAUGUAAGGCUUUGUGACAUUGGCGAGGCUAUCCAGGAGGUUAUGGAAUCUUAUGAAGUGGAACUUGAUGGCAAGACAUACCAGGUGAAGGCCAUUCGCAACCUUAAUGGUCACUCAAUUGGUCCGUACCGGAUCCACGCUGGGAAGACAGUACCUAUUGUGAAGGGAGGAGAAGCUGUGAGAAUGGAGGAAGGUGAAGUGUAUGCCAUUGAAACUUUUGGUAGCACAGGCAAAGGCUAUGUGCACGAUGACAUGGAGGUGUCGCAUUACAUGAAGAACUUCGAUGCCGGUCGUGUGCCGCUGAGACUGCCCCGUUCCAAGCAGCUGCUGGGUGUCAUCAACCAGAACUUUGGCACGCUGGCCUUCUGCCGCCGCUGGCUAGACAGGCUGGGGCAGUCCAAAUAUCUCAUGGCUCUCAAGGAUCUCUGCGACAAGAGCAUCGUAGAUCCCUACCCUCCCCUGUGCGACACCAAGGGCUGCUACACGGCCCAGUUUGAGCACACUAUCUUGCUGCGCCCAACGUGCAAGGAGGUCAUCAGUCGCGGAACGGACUACUGAGACACGCCGGAAACUCUGGUGCUGUUAUAGACCAUCCAGCCACGUUGCAGUGGUCUAGAACGCAAGGGAGCAAUGAGCAACUCCUGCGAAUGGCAGUAAUAUUUUGGUGGUGUCUCACUUUUUAUUUGGAAGGCUAAUAUGUGUACAGCGUGGCCCCUUGUUGAACAGGUAGACAAAUGCAUGGCUCACUGUCCAAGUGUGCUCCAAGGAGAGGCCGAAGCAAUCUCAACGUUGUCUUGCCCUUGGAAGACAUUGGAUGGAGUCCGUGCCCCUUGGGGUACGCAAAGCUGGUAUACUUCUAUGUACCAGUGUGAAAAAAUGCAGAGCUCUGCGUGCACAUUAUCUUUAGGAGCGUACUGCACUGUACAUUUAAGGCUUAGGGAAAAAAAGUACAGAAACAUUUGGAAAAGGACUUCAUGCACUCGUUAAAACGUGAGAUUGGAGGUGGCACUUUUUAAGUUUAAAACAUUUUUUUUACGUGUGCCUGAACUCGCACUUUUAGUGCUGUUGUUAUCAGGAGCCCGAGUACAGCUACAAAACUGUCAACAUUUCCAGAAAUUGCAGGGGAAGGGUUUAGCAAGAAACUUGUUGUUUUGAAUAAAAAAGUCUUUUCGUUUUGUUUUGUUUUUUGCAAAACAAAGGAGUGCUUGGUUAUUCAAUGAUAAAGUUGAUAAAAAGAAGUUUCGCUUUGAUUCCCAUUUAUUUUCUCAUAUUUCAUCUUUUUAAAGAUGAAACUAAUAUUUUACAGCCACAAGUUGCCAAACUCACUUAGGCUGCUAUAAUUGCGCAAUCACUCUCUGGUGGUCUUAGGGCUCACCCCAAAAGUAGAGCUAUGAUAUGCUUGGCCUUUGCAUCAAUUACAAACUUUAACUUUUUUUUUAAUGUACAGUUCAGGCUUUCUGUUAUCAUCACAAACAAUUGGUUUCUGAUUUUAUGAUUGGCACAGGUCCUGCUGGCAUCACAACAAGCUUUUCCAUUUGGUUACAGACUUAUAUCUAUUUUACACAGCAACAUUGCGAACUAGCUUUUUCUCAUGCUGAUACCUUCAUACUGGCCUAACAAGCCUUGUCGGCAGCCUGCUAUCUUGCCUUUUAGAUCACUGCCCGACCUUGUGCUGUUGUGCUUCCUUUUUUUGGGAAGCAGUGUUUAAUCCCAUGUGCCCUCAUACUUGUUGGUUGGUUUGUACGUUUGUUAAAUGGUAUAUUUUGUUGACUAUGCUCCGUUGUCUCUUUCUGUUUAUUUUGCCAAGCAUGUUGUGAGAGCACACAUUUAGUGCAGGCUAAGAUUAACCAUAAUUUAACUAACUGCAUGUAUUUAGAUAAGUUGACUUAAAUCGCCUCUCUGAUGUACAACAGCACUGUGAGAAACCAGGAAAAAAAGAACGCACAAGAGCAAUUUUUGUCCUGCUUUUCUGUGUCAAUAUCUGAUUGAACACCAACAUGCUCAUAUUGCAGGUUUGAUUGAAGAAAUGCGUAUCACGUUUGGCUUUAUUUGAAAAGAACUGUGUUAGAGUUGUGAAACUAUGCUUUCGGGAUUUUUAAUAAAGCUAGGAAAGUAUGAUCAUGGAAUAAUUUGCUCAGGCACUUGUACUUUCCUGAUAUUUCAAUAGCUAGGAGAUCCACCGCCCCAAUACUUGUUAUGCAUAAAGGAUCUCUGCAUCUUUAUUGCAAUUUCUUUUACUACAUUACAGCAGGCUGCGCAGGAAACACAAUAAUGAAAAGUAAUGUUGGAGUACUAAAUUUAAUUCAUAGUAUUGUGGUUCAGAAACUCGGUUGAACAUGUCUUUCAACUUAACAUUUUUAACGUUUAACUCGUUACAUAACUUUGCCCUGGAGGAUUCACAUAGCUUGAUAAAGCAAUGCACCACAGCUGAAUAUGUGAAAUGGUGCCAUCAAAGUGUUUGAAACCAGCAAAAUAAAUCAUAUCUGUUAUGCAGAUUCUUAUACAUGCAGAUGAGCAUAACACAGUUAGAAAUGAUAUGCAGCGGCUCGGUUAUGCAGAUUCUUAUAUAUGCAGAUGAGCAUAGCGCAGUUUGGAGCUCCAUGGAAACUGGCCAGACAGAAGCAUAGACAUAGUAUAUACUGAUGUGUUUGAAGGUAUUUACAUUGUAAGCUAAAAAUGGGCUGGACAUAUCUGUCCUGACAAGUUUGCCAUGAAUUGCUAGAUGUAUUUGCACUUUGCUACGUUGAGGGAUUUUUGUGUUCGGCCAAGUGUCUAUGUUCGCAUACUAUUCUGGAUAACCUAUGAGAAGUUUUAAACUGUUGUUUGUGGUCAUUGGGCUAUGAAACUGUGAAAAAUAUUUUACUUUCUCUUUCUUGUUCCCUGCACCGAUAAAGCAGAAAGGGCUUGUCAGUUUGCAUAGAAUAAACUGAAAUAGUAUGAAGUUAGCAUGAUGAGGUUGUUGUUUUAGCCAGGUAUGUACAUAAUACUAUAGUUAUUUUGACUACAGCCUUGAAAUGCAGCACACCAUUUUCUGUGGGGACAAACUACUUGCACUGCUGUUGCAGAAGGCCUUGUCUUUAUAUUCCUAAUUUUGUUGUGCAGAAAACUGCUUAUCAAACUGGUUCAUAAUUUAGUAAUAACGCACUCGUAACCUUUAGAAAGAGUAAGGAGUACUCUGAUGAGUAAGGAGUACUCGAAUUUGAAACGUAGUUUUCUACUAGUACAGUUCUCCAGCCAAGGCGUUCGUAAUGCUUAAUUAAGGUGAAAUUGAUUAGGCUGAGAAUUCACCGAAGCACACUGUAUCUCAUGGACAUGUUACAUAAUGAAACGUCCAUUGCUAUCUAUUUGUGAAGGAUGAAGCAAAGCUUGAACCACAAAUGCAUGUGACUAUUAAGUGCAGUCUAGGAAGUUCACUCACCGCAUAUUUUUGUGUGUGUGUGUGUGUGUGCACAAGUUUGCACAAACUGGAAGGUCAUUGUGCCAGACUAAACUUGAAGCCAUUUUGUAAUGGUGUUUCAUUUUAUACAGAUCAAUUUGUUUUGAGUAGAUGUCCAGCUAUUUCUAUUGGAUUGGCCCACUAUUGGCAAGGGCACUGCAUUUCAUGAUAGUUAUUGGGUUUUACUGAGUAAUUGGGGUUUUACCAUAAUAUGCUGAUGAGAUGUGCUAUACAUGAGGGCCCUGGAAAUUGUGACCAUGUGGGGUUCUCUUACGUUCUCCUAAAUUUAAGUGCACGAGUCUUUAGCGUUUUGUCUCCAUCAAUGUGGCCACUAUGGCCGGGACUCGAUCCAGCGACCUCCGGGUCAGACGCAGAAUUUCUUUAGUCAUUAUAGCAUGCGUGAGGACGAGCUCCUCAGCUUGAGAACUUCUGCAUCAUGGAGUGUUGAACACGGGAUAUCAAGUUGCUUUAUUAAGGAACUUAGAUGUUUCUAUAUGAUAAGAGCUGGCCAUUUGCUCAAUGAGCAGUUGUUGCCAAGUAUGAAUGACUGCAGUCUCUGCAGUAUAUCUCUGGGUCCUGUGUCUAUUUCAUUUUUUUUGCAGAAUUUGCAGGAGAGGGUGUUGUGUUCCUCGUUUUCAUUGGUGCUGUAGCUUUUUAUUUUUUCUUAAGCCCUGAUAAGUAUGACGAGGACAGCACAAGCGUUUCGAUGUAAUAUGGUUCGCCUUAAGUGCUUUGUUGAUAAAAGUGGCAGUUUGCUUGCUUCCUAUAGCUCUAAACCUGCAAGAUGUAUAAUCUUGUUCAGUUGAUAGAUUAUUUACUUUUUUUUUGUAAGUACUAAAAGUGUCACCAGAUUUUUUGGAAGUGUGCAUUUUUCAGCUUUAGGUUUGUGCAAGCAACUUAUCACUCUGUCUGGCAGUGCUUUUUUGCCAUUUUUUUUUUUCACCAAUGCCUUUUCUGUGCCAGCAGCACAAAGUAAAGCUUUAAAAGUACUAUCUUAGCAGGUUUAACCAGAGCUGAAGGUUUGUUACUGCUUAUCUUUUUUGCACACUUUUCGGGGAUGCCAGCGUCUUGCAAAUAUAGUUUUCUUUAAAGUCGACAUUGCCAAUGCUCAACACACACAUUUAGUAAUACUUGCGAAUAUACAUGGGACUGCUAGGAGGUCAGGGGAAUGGCUAAAAUUUUAUAAUGAAUGUUACUACAGGUGCUGACAUUUGCAGUUUUAAUCCAGAAAUCUCAUUGCACUUGGCCUUUCAUUACACUUGACACAGCUCUUUAAAAACUCAAAUCAUCUAUGCUAUGGGUAAUUCUGCAAUACUGCUUCAUUUUUAUACCUUGUAGUCAUACAGGCAAUUUGAUUGCACAUUCGUGAACUAAGCAGAACUGUUGAACAGUGGAAGCGGCAUAUCAAGUACACAUCAAGGUUCAGUUUGCAGAUUAUAGGGGGCAUCAAGACCUCUGUUAAAUAUAUUCGUAUUGGUUUGUCUCCACUAAUCUUGAAACUGCAGUAACUGCCCCACUGCUCUGUGUUUGGUUGUGCAGUUGGAUAUAGAGCUCCAGUUGAUGCUGUUUUCUAUCUUGUGCAUUGGCAUUUCUUAUAAGCUUUAUAACUGCCUUCAUUUGCUCAAUAAAAAAGUGUUCACGACAAAGGUUUUGAACUGGAAA